CCUUACUCAUCAAUGACGUGAAUUUUCUGUUUUUAUUAUUUUAUUGCUCCGAUAAGGUAAAUAAAACAAUUCAAGUAGCUAAAAGUGAUGCACUGUGUAGACAGCAAUGUAAAUUGUAAAAGCAAGUUGUUAUAGGCGAUAAUACGAGCAAAUUGUACUCCAGUUAACUUAUUGAAAAUUUACAAAAAACAUUAACAAAAAGACACAACUUCGAAAUUAAACACAACGCCGAAAUGGAUCUAAAGACACAGACGUUUUCGAAAUAUGCAAUACUAGCGCGUACCACUGAGCUACGCAUGCAUGCUAGCGCUGAAGUGCCAAGUGAUCGCCCAUCUGAAGCGCAAACAUUCAGUAUGGUGGGCGGCACGCUUAUAAAAGUUUUCCAAAGCCAAACACCUAUGGAAGUGGUAGGUAAUAAGAAAAUGAGCACGGUACAAAUACUUGAUCUCGUACGCCAAGAACCGAUGUAUGAAAACCUUUAUGAAUGUCCGCAAGCUAAUUUAUUAAAGGUGGAUGAAGCGCUCUGGCCAUAUGUGAUUGGCAUUGAAGAACCAGACAGACGAUUGCGAUUGAUUAAGAAAGAAGAACAUUGUAAAUGGAUAAUUUAUUUGAAGGUCAAUGAUUUAGUGCGCGUUUCCGGCGGCCAAUUUGGUAAAGAGUCAACGUGGUAUGACUGCAUCAUACGUUAUAUUGGACCUGUUAUCGAAAUGCAUCCUGUUGGUUAUUUCUUCGGACUGGAGUUGCUGCAUUUGGACAGCGGUUUCUCACCACAGUCUGAUCAGAUUCCAUUUUCGAUUCAGUACACGCGUAGUGAGCCAUCACUUUCCAUAUUCACAACAGCCGAUAAUCUACUCCAGUUAAACAGUGAAGACAAAAAGAAAUUCUCUACACUAGACUUCAUAGGUGAAACGCUAACUAAAGUACGUACCGCUAUUGUGCCAUCCACUUGCGCGAACGGUGUAGGUGGAAGCAGCAAUACUAAUUCCUUGCGGAGACAAAAAAAAACAAAAAAGAAAGCACCAACUUCUCAAUUUUACGACAUUCCAAGCUCUCCAACCCCUGGGAGUUCAAACUUAAUUCCUAAUCGAAGCAACGAGUUUGCACAGGAACACAUAAUGGAUCGUGAAAAAGGUAAAUUGAAGCGCUCGGAUGAGUUGGACAACAGUACACCAAUCAUAUCGAUAGACAGUGAUGACUACAAGCAAACCAUUGAGAAUCAUGAACGCAGCUUGGAAAGACAACGAGGUUCUACUGCAACAUCUGCGCCAGCAUCUGCACCACCAGGUAUUUUAAAACACCGACAAACGUCUGCAACCACGAAUAGUGUUGCUGGUGGCGGUGUUGGUAAUAAAGAUGUCAGCUGUGCUGCAGCGACAGUACAUCCAUUGAACUUGUUAAGCAUGGAAGAUCGCGAUAUAAUUGUUAUAGACAAGGCUGACAUACGUGAGUCAACAAAAAAUGAAUCUGAUGUUAUUGUUGUGCCUAAAAAUAUGCAACAAGAAGUUGACUUGGCGGAAUUGUUAGGCAGCAAUUGGCCAAGCACUGCUGGUGAUGCCGCUGCUAUACUCAAUAACAAACAGCAGUUGAUAAAAUCACAACAAACAAGCGGCGGCGGAAGUCUGGAUUCUGUACAAAUGAAAGGAGCACGCAAUAAAUCACCCAAUCCUUUAACACACUUUGGUAGCAUUAAAACGGUAGAAAAUGUAGCAAUGGAAGGAUUUAUGAGCGGUGAUGGAACAGCAGAAGGCAUUCGAGCAAAUAAGUAUGCAAACUCUCGCGAUUCACCAGUUUAUGAUAAUUUGGUUGAUAUUGAUGCAACGGCGGAAGUGGAUUUGAUAAAAUAUACGCCUUUGCAGGAUAUACCUGACACCGCACUAGGUGUAGGAUCCAUGGUGGAGGUCUCCAUACCGGAGGCAUCAGAUAAUUUGUACGGUGUUAUACGUUGGAUUGGUAUGGCACAGGGGCGCAAACAAAUAAUGUAUGGCGUGGAGCUGGAGGAGGAUCAGGAUGAACGCACUUUGCCAACAUCGAAUGGUACAUACAACGGUGUAAGAUACUUCAAGUGUCAUGACGGCCGCGCUCUCUUUGUUUCAUCUGAUCGUUGCUCCACUGAUCGACGAUUUAUUGAAACAGAUGGCAAGGCCGCAGCAAAUAUACCAACCGACUCAAAAAUGUUUGGACAAGUUGAAUGUCCUUCGGUGCCGGGCGCAGUGGCACCUUUGAAGAUCAAAAGCUUAGAGGAAUUGGAGGAAAAUUGUGGCAAAUUUAAGGGUAUACAAGGUCAUCACAAUUCCUGUUAUCUGGAUGCUACAUUGUUUUCCAUGUUCACUUUUACACCUGUCUUCGAUUCAUUGCUUUUCCGGCCGCCGGAGGCUGAUGAUAUUCCCAGCUACACCGAGGUACAAAAAGUAUUGCGUGAGGAGAUUGUUAAUCCAUUGCGUAAACAUGUUUUCGUACGUGCUGAUCGCGUUAUGAAAUUACGUCAAUUGUUGGAUAAGUUGAGCUCGGUUAGUGGCCUAACAAGUGAGGAAAAGGAUCCGGAAGAGUUUCUCAAUAGCUUGUUGGCGCAAAUAAUGCGCGUAGAACCAUUUUUGAAGCUAAGUUCCGGUCAAGAUGCUUAUUUUUAUCAGCUAUUCGUUGAAAAAGACGAACGUUUGUGUUUUCCAACUGUACAGCAAUUAUUCGAACAGAGUUUUCAUUCAUCCGAUAUCAAAUUAAAAGAAGUGCCGUCAUGUCUGAUAAUACAAAUGCCACGUUUCGGAAAAAAUUUCAAAAUGUAUCCACGGAUUUUGCCGUCACAAUUACUCGAUGUUACCGAUAUUAUUGAGGAUUCUCCCCGCCAAUGUUCUGUUUGUGGUAAAUUAGCCGAGUACGAAUGUCGCGAUUGCUAUGGGGUUCUACAAGGUGGUGUAGGACUGGAGAGCACAGCCUUUUGCCUCAAAUGCCGCGAUACUGUGCACAUGCACGCAAGAAGAACAAAUCACAAUCCCAAGAAAUUGUCUGUACCGCAAGACUUUCGUAUAAUGGCUGAGCAUAUGACUGUACCACGUCUCUAUAUGGAGUUAUUUGCAGUUGUUUGUAUAGAGACUUCACAUUAUGUAGCAUUUGUUAAGGCUGGUUCGGGGCCAGAUGCACCUUGGUGUUUCUUUGAUUCGAUGGCCGAUCGAAAAGGUGAGAAAAACGGCUAUAAUAUACCAGAAAUGAUAACAGUGCCUGACUUACCACUCUGGCUGUCGGAGGAGGGCGCCCGUGCCGUUAAUGAGACUUCAACAAAUGACAAAAUGUUGCCAGAACAUGCGAAGCGUUUGUUCUGCGAUGCUUAUAUGUGCAUGUAUCAGAGCACAGAUGUGAUGAUGUAUCGUUAA